ACAGAACCAGAGAACUCUUUUUCUUUUCCCUUCUUCUCUUUCAAAAAACAAAACAAAAAUAUCUCAACCAAAACACAUAGACCAAGAGAGACAGAUAGAGAGAUGGGUAGGGCUCCAUGUUGUGACAAGGAAAAUGUGAAGAGAGGUCCAUGGUCUCCUGAAGAAGAUGCAAAGCUUAAAGAUUACAUCGAGAAACAAGGCACUGGUGGCAAUUGGAUUGCUCUCCCUCACAAAGCUGGUUUAAGGAGAUGUGGGAAGAGUUGCAGACUGAGAUGGUUAAAUUAUCUGAGACCAAACAUAAGACAUGGAGAUUUCACUGAGGAAGAAGACAAGAUUAUCUACAGCCUCUAUGCCUCCAUUGGAAGCAGGUGGUCAGUAAUAGCAGCUCACUUGCAAGGUAGAACUGAUAAUGACAUCAAGAACUAUUGGAACACUAAGCUCAAGAAGAAGCUCAUAGCCACCAUGGCUCCUCCUUCACAUCACCACUUAGCCAUUGCUACAUCAUCAUCACCAUCACCAUCACCAUCACAUUACAACAUGAUCAAUAGUCUUCUUCCGUAUAACCCAUCAGUAUCAACAAACCAACUUCUCACACCUCAGGGUAUGAUGAUGACAAUGAUGGGCCAACAACAGCAACAACUAUUAUAUCAAGAAGACAUGGGCAGUUUGGUAAAUUCCGCAAACAGCAACAAGUUCAUAAUGAGCCAUCAAGAAGACAGCCAGGAGCAAAGUACAAACAAUGGAAUAAUGUUGUUGAGUGAUGUAAGAAGUGGGUCGAGUACAACAAGUACAGUAACAAGAGUGAAGAUGGAACAUCUCGAUCAUCAGCAUCAUCAUCAUGAAGAGGAUGAGAGAUCAAUGAGCUCGGUAGUUAUGGAAGAUUAUGGAAUGGAGGAGAUCAAGCAAUUAAUAAGUAGUAGUUGUACGAGUAGUAACAAUAGCUUGUGGUUUGACGAAAACAAGACAGAGGAUAAGUUCAUGUUGUACUAUUGAUCCCUCUUACCAACUUUGAUUUAAUCUCCAUAUUCUCUCUCUCUCUCUUUCUUAAUCAAAACUGAAGAGUAAU